GGUCAAGAGCAGAACAGGAGCUGUAAUGAAUUACCAGUGGAACAUUUUUAAACAAGUAGUGAGCAUAGGAGAAAACAGCUUAGCCAGAAUCUUUCUGAACUAUAGCCAUGAAGUUGAUUUUCUCCUGUCUCUAAGAAACACUUAUUUUGGAACUAUCUCCAUUCCUCCACCAAGGAAGAUCAUUAACAUUCUACUUGUCUCUGUCAUUACUCCCUUUUAAGGCUUUGCCUCCCAAGCUCUUCUAUCUACAUCUGCUUGUGUGUCUCUGUAUGUUGUUCUACAAGUGUGCUGCAGGGUUUGAGGGAGGGCAUAGGAAAACUUGGGAACUGCUGCUUGCAGAGUGUGGGGUUGUGUGUCUCCAGGAUUACUGUCAGUCUUACUGUAGUGCAAACCAAGGAGAAAAUUUAACACAGUUCUGUAACUGGAAAGAAGGAAAUCCUUCAGCAGAAGCCUGUUUUGCCAUUCAUAUUUAAAGCUUCCUUAGCAGAACCAGUUUGGUCUAUUGAAGGGGCAUGUGCACGGCCUUAACUGCCUGUUACUUUCCAAAGAUUCUGUAUGGACUAAGAAGCAUGAACCUACGCCAUCAGCCUGCACAUAGGGUCAGAUUCUGGAGUGCCAAAUCAAAGCACUGUGGAUCUUGCAACAAGUGUGUGCGUGGCUUUGAUCACCACUGCAAAUGGCUCAACAACUGUGUGGGAGAGAGGAAUUACUGGUUCUUCUUGAACAGCGUGGUGUCUGCCAUCCUGGGCCUUGGGCUUCUGCUGCUCGUUGCUUUCUACGUCUUUGUUGAGUUCUUCCUUAACCCCACGAUGCUUCGUUCUGACCAUCACUAUGAAGGUCUGAAGAACCACACGGAUGUCUGGUUUGUGUUUCUGCCUGCUGUUCCUGUUGAGACUCGGGCACCUGCCAUUUUGUUCUCAGCUGGGACUUUCAUUCUUUUGAGCCUGGUGACUGUGAGCCUGCUAGGCCACCUCUUGACCUUUCACAUCUAUCUUAUGUGGAACAGACUGACUACAUAUGAGUACAUCCUGCAGCAGCGUGCCCAGCAAGAGGCCAAAGAAGCAGACAAGCAGCCGGAUCCUUGUCCCUCCCAGGUGGUACCCAGUCAGGAAGCAGACUUACUUUCAGCUAACCCUGGCCAUACAAACCCUGGUGUUGGGGUAGAGGACUUCUCAGCAGCCAAUUCAGAAAAAUGCUUUUCAAAGCUCUAUGUCCACGCCAAUGAAGCUGAUCCUGAACGCAGCUCCUCUCCUGACCUCCCAUCUCUUCACUUUGCGGCCCCUUUGCAGAGACAGAAAAAAAGGAGGAGGAAGAUGUUAAGGUCUUCUUCCUCAGUGAUGGAGAGCAGAUCUAAAUCGCAUGCUGGAACUUGGGCUUCUUUUCCAGGUCCCCAGUCAGAGUUUCCAGCCACAACUGCUGCCACCUCCUCCUCCCACAGCCCUCUCCUCCUGGUGCCCACCGUUCCCCUGCCUACUGCAGUGCAGGCAGCAGCACCCCCAGCUGACUAUCACUCCGAAUCUGCUGAGUCCAUGGAUGAGAUUCCUGUGGCUCAGACUCACCUCGGCAGCACAGCCCUUCACAGCCCUUGUAAGAACAGCUCAAGCAGUGCUCGGCGCUGUCCCGUGUCCACACCUGAUCCCAAACAUUGCAAGGGGAAGAGUCUGUAUUCUGGGCACAAGGUGAAAAGGAAAAGCUGCCAGCGAGACAGACGCAUGGAACGAGAUCUGGAACUUUUUUCUAAGACUCCUGCUGUGUUUGUAAGUAAGAGCAGUGGAGAACUUCAUGUCUCUCAGCCCCGGCCUGGUGGGAACACAUCUGAACCACAGCACAGAAAAUGCACCAGCAAACAGCAUCUGGACAGGCCUGAUCCAUGCCUAAAGGACAUAAGGACAAACACCACAGUGCCCGAGUGACUGUCCUUCCAAAGCCACAGCCUUUGGGGGUGAAGCAAGAUGUUUUUUUUUCCUAUUUGCGUGUUUCUGUUCAAAGGUUUUCGCUCCAGCAGUUCAUUCUCUGGCGACAGCAGCAUCCCUGUGUGUGAUGCUGUCCAACUUUCAGCACUCUUAGCUGAGAGGCAGCAGAAGCCCAGCUGCAUCAUAUUCUUCUGCGUUUCCCUUGUCUCUCAGGACGAGGGGAAAUGGCCUCAAGUUGUGCCAGGGUAAGUUUAGAUUGGAUAUCAGGAAAAACUUUUUUACAAAAA